GGCUCAGGAAGCGCUGGAGGCGGCAGUGGUAGAAGACACGCCAAUGGAAGAGGUGCAAGAACUUCCUCUGGAAGCCGCGCAUGAAAACGAGGAAGUUGAUGCAGCGCCAGAGAAUAAAAAGAAAGGCCGCUCGAAGAAAGUGACGGUGUCAGAGGAAGCUCUUCAAGCUGUGGUUGAAAAGGCGCAGGAAUUCCCGCCCGCAGCAAUGGCGGAGGAAGAGGUAUCCGAGAAGAAAAGGAGGGGUCGCUCGAAGAAGGCGGCGAUGGCUCAGGAAGCGCUGGAGGCGGCAGUGGUAGAAGACACGCCAAUGGAAGAGGUGCAAGAACUUCCUCUGGAAGCCGCGCAU